CUGCCGACUGCCGUCUUAAGAUCACUUAAGAUUUCGAUACUUUUUAUUUUACACCUUAAUAUUAAUUUAAUAAUGUAUAAAGUUAGGUAAUAAAGUUAAUUCAGUCAUCAAAAUUUACAGCUUUUAAUAAACACUAAAACUAGUAUAGCUCUCUGUCUAUAAAAGUGGUGAAGAAACAAAAGGAACUCGAUUUCUCUUUCUCUGAUUCAUAUGUUUGUUUGAAGAAAAAGAGUUGUUGUCGCUCGUGAUCGACAACAAUGCUCUUCUGUGAUCCUUUUUGUCAAAUACAGUAACAUUCUAAAAACAUGUUUUGAUUUCUAAAAAUCCAAUCUUUUUUUUUUUCUUUUUCUUUUCAAAUCUCUCUCAGUGCGGCGAGGUAGUUACGCGGCGGCCGCCAUGAGUUUCCAUCGGCGGCGGUACCCUUACUACAACCGUCUCCGCCGUCUCCUUCCUCUCGUUUUCGCCGUCUCCUUAUCUCUCCUCAUUCUCUUCGCUUUUCUCUCUUUCUUUGCUCCGCCUCCUGGAGAUUCCGAUCGCCUUCACCCUGGCGUUCGCUACUCAUCCAAUGAUCCGAUCAAAGCUACCGGUUUUCGAGUUCCGAGAGGUGGAGGCAGACCAGAUCGUGAUAUCUGGCGUUCACGAAAUGCUGAGUUCUUCUAUGGAUGCAGCAAUGCCAGCAACAAGUUCGCAAAUGCGAAAACAGUGACGAGAAAUGAUAGAUACUUGGUAAUCGCCACUAGUGGUGGUUUGAAUCAACAGCGAACUGGAAUUGUAGAUGCUGUUGUUGCGGCAAGAAUACUAAAUGCUACUCUUGUUGUUCCAAAGUUAGACCAGAAGUCUUACUGGAAGGAUGCCAGUGACUUCUCGCAUAUUUUCGAUGUUGAUUGGUUUAUAUCGUUUCUUUCGGAAUACGUCAAAAUUGUAAAGCAACUUCCACUGAAAGGAGGGCGAGUAUGGACUCCAAGUAGAAUGCGUGUACCACGGAAAUGUAGCGAGAGAUGCUAUAUUAACCGUGUUUCACCUGUUCUUAACAAAAGGCAUGCAGUUCAACUGAACAAAUUUGACUAUAGACUUUCAAACAAGUUGAGCGAUGACUUGCAAAAGCUAAGAUGUAGAGUAAAUUACCAUGCUCUAAAGUUCACUGAUCCUAUACUUACAAUGGGCAAUGAAUUGGUCCGGCGCAUGCGAUUGAGGAGCAAACACUUCAUUGCGUUACACCUAAGGUAGACCACCAUUCACCUUAUAUCCUGAUAUUUCUUUAUUUUACACUGUUACUGAACAAGGGAAAUGUACUGGGGAGAACUACUAACAUAUAGCACAGCUGAAAACUCUUAGCAUGGCUUUGGUACUU